AUGGCAACAGGAAUUAAAAAGACAGUCAAAGUAGUCGUUGUUGGUGAUGGUGCUGUUGGAAAGACAUCACUAUUGAUCUUGUACACUACAAAGGCAUUCCCAAAGGACUAUGUACCAACUGUAUUUGAUAACUUUAAUUGUCUUGAGAUGUACGAUAACAAACCUGUAAAUUUAGUACUCUGGGAUACUGCUGGUCAAGAGGAUUACGAUAACCUUAGACCAUUGUCAUACCCACAAACAGAUGUAUUUUUAAUAUGUUAUUCUACAGUUAAAAGAGAUUCAUUAGAUAAUAUUAAAUAUAAGUGGCUCAAAGAGAUUAAUCAAAGUAAUGCGGGUACACCUAUAAUAUUGGUUGCAACAAAGACCGAUCUUCGAGAAGACAAAAAGGUACUUGCUCAAUUACAAGAGGCCAAGCAAGAACCCAUCUCUCGUGAAGAAGGUGUUGCACUUGCAAAAGAGAUUGGUGCUGUACAAUUUUUUGAAUGUUCUGCACUCACUGGCAACGGUGUAAACGAUAUCUUUUCAGCCUCGAUCAAGGCUGCCUUUAACAAGACUCCAGCCACCACCUCAUCAUCCAAGAAACCAUCUUCUUCAUCUUCAUCAAAGAAAUCUUCCUCUUCCUCUUCAUCAUCAUCGUCAUCAACCUCUACAACUUCAACUUCAUCUACAUCGACUAGCAGCACUCCCAAACCAGUCGAAAAGAAGAUGAGUUGGGGAUUAUUUAGAAAGAAAGAUCCAAAGACUAAAUAA